AUCAUUCCAGAGAGUUGCGUGCUGUGCGUAUGCGCACGGUGUGACAUGCCGAUUCGAGAAAGGUUUGUCAAUCGAGUUCUGGAACGCUCCUACCACACUGAUUGUUUACGUUGCUUUGUGUGCAACGAAGCACUCACAUCGACGUGCUUCAUGAAAGAAGACUCGCUUUUCUGCAAGGAUCACUUCUACAUACGUUUUGGAACCAAGUGCACGCAAUGUGGUGAUGGUAUCAUUCCUGACUCAGCAGUACGAAAAGCAUCAGGUCACGUCUACCACGUUGAAUGUUUUCAAUGUGUGGUUUGCAAGCGAGAAAUGAAAACCGGCGAAGAGUUUUAUCUGAUUCCAGAAAGCGGUCGUUUGGUAUGCAAGAGCGAUUAUGAGCUCGCUAAAGAGAAGCCUAUUGAUUCAGAGAUGGACGUGAGCAAUAAGCGACCAAGAACAACGAUUUCAGCCAAAAGCCUCGAUACGCUUAAACAGGCAUACACAGCAAGCAGUAAACCAGCACGUCAUGUAAGAGAACAGCUUGCGGCCGAAACAGGCCUAGAUAUGAGAGUUGUUCAGGUAUGGUUCCAAAAUCGGCGUGCCAAAGAAAAACGAUUAAAGAAAGACGCCGGUCGUCGAUGGGGACAAAAUGGCAACAUCAAAACAGACAGUGACAGCAACUCACCGUCAGGCAGUGUUAACGGGCAAAGUCCAGUCUAUGGUUUGUUUUGCCGACCUCUCUUGCUCUAUCUACAAUACAUUCUUCCAAAAGUCGACGUUAGAAUUCCGGUUUGA